AUGGCGGCGAGGGCGGCCGCGGCAGCCAUGGGGCCUGCGGCGGUCGCGGUGCGCACCAUGGAGCUGCCCUCCGACGGCGAGCGGUGUCUGGCCCAGUUCCUGAGGCAGGUGGACGAGACCGACAUGGUGUGGCUGGAUGAGAUCUACGAGGAGGCGGUCAAGAUGUUUGUCAGCAACUACAACGAGGAGCUCGAGCUGAUGCCCAAGACGCCGUCGCAGAAAAAACGGCAGCGGAGGAAGCGGCUGUCGGCCUUGCAGGAAGAGCAGGAGUCCGGCAGGAAGCGCCUCUCCAGGAGGAGGAACGGCAGCAGCAGACCUGUGCGAUCUUCUCUGCGACUCCAGAACAAAGAAAACCUGGAACUCAGCAGGGCCGAGGCCAAGGAAGAUUCUCCACCACAGCGGAUGACACGAUCCCGGGCUGCAGCCGCUGCCAGAACCUCCAGGGUGGUUCCUGAGACCACUACUGCCCUGCAGGCAGCAGGGAAGGAUCCCUGGGUGGAAGCUAACCACGUUGGUACUGUAGUGCCUCUCCAGAGGAGCGGAGCAAAGCUGGCAGAGCUGCUCCCCACAAGCUCAGGGAGCGGCUCUCCCAAGGAACACGGUGCUCCCAAAUCGCCGCCGGUGCCCACAGCCCCUGAGCUGGUGGUGCCCUGUACUCCUGAGGCCAGCCAGGCUGUGGCCGAGUCACAGACAGCGAGGGCAGCCAAUGUCACCGUCGUCCUGAGCCCAGGGGCUGGACUGAAGGAGGAGGGUGGCUCCCCAUGGGAACACAACCGGGCUCGGGAGCCCUCCCAGCCCCUGAGCAAUAGCCCGGGGACUCCGACCGGCUCCAGGCUCAGCCGCCGCUCCGUGCGCCGGAGCCUGAUGGGAAAAGCCUCCCUGAGCCGCAGAACCUCCCUGGCAGAGAAAUACUCCCUGGCCAACAAGAGGGAGAGCAUGAUCCGGGCAUCCACCGCCAGGGCAGCGGGCAAGAAGAGGGCGACUCGGAAGAGAUCUGUGUCCUGCAGCUCCGUGGAUGCCUCCAGCUCCAUAAGUGUGCCAGAGGAUGAGGAAACCGUUGUCAAAACUGGGCCUCCUCCUGGACCCUCCACCCCCCCCAAGCUGGAUUUCCAAAACCCUCGGAUGUCCCUUCGCUCCCACACAGUCAGCAAACACCAGCAGCCCCAGGAGCCGAGCAGCAGUGAAAACAACUUAAAUAAGAAUGGGGAGACCCUGGAGCCACCCCAGAGUGCCAGGAGGAAGCCGAGCUACAAGAGAGCCGUGGAUGAGCGCUACGACCACCAGCAGGCAGAGGAGGGAGGGCUGUCUCCUCUCAGGAAGAAGACUCUAUCCCCAGUCCUCCCAGCCAGCAGGGUGGUGCGUCCGUUCAAAACAUUCCUGCACACUGUGCAGAAGAACCAGCUCCUCAUGACACCGAGCUCUGUGGGGAGGAACGGAGUCAUAAAAUCCUUCAUCAGGUACAACACCCCUCUCCAGGCUGAUCCCAAGGAAAAGGAGAGGCAGAAGCUGGAGACUCUGCGGAAGAAGCAAGAAGCUGAGCGGCUGAGAAGGCAAAAGGUGGAGGAGGAGAGGAAACGGCGACUUGGAGAGGCGAAGCUGAAGCGCGAGGAACGACUGCGCAAGGUGCUGCAAGCCCGGGAACGGGCAGAGGAGAUUGAGAAGGAGAGGAAGAGGAAGAUCGAGCAGAAGAUUGCGCUGCUUGAUGAGAAGACCGAGAAGGUGCGGGAAGAAAGGCUGGCAGAGGAGAAGAUCAAAAAGAGAGUAGCUGCCAGGAAGAUGGAGGAAGCUGAGGCCCGUCGCAGACAAGAGGAGGAGACGAGGAGACAAAGAGCUCUGCAGCAGGAGGAGGAGGAACGGCGGCGCAGGGAACUCCUGCAGAAGAAGAGGGAAGAGGAGCAGGAGCGUGCCCGGAAGAUCGCCGAGCAGAGGCAGGCAGAACAGGAGCGGGAGAGACAGUUGGCUGCAGAGAGAGAACUGGAGAGGAAGAGAGAGCAGGAGCGGAUCCAGGCAGAAAAGCUCCGGGAGCAGCAGGAGAAGGCUGCCCGCCUGCAGAAGGAAGAAGCAGCUGCUAAGGAGCGGCUCCGGAUGGAGAUGGAGAAGAAGGAGAAGGAACAGCAGAUGCUGGCGGAGAAGAAGAGUCAAGAGGAAGAGCAGAAGAAACUGUCAGAGGAGCAGAAGGCUAAAGAAAAUGCCCGGGCACCACUCCUGGAGAACAAAGAGAAUUCCCCUGCCUGCAACUCAUACGAGAUGACUCCACAGAGCAGGAAGGAAUUCAAGGUGCCUUUGGCAAACUCCAAUGACUAUGGGAUGGACCUGAACAGCGACGACUCGACAGAUGACGAGAGCCAGCCGCGCAAGCCCGUCCCUGCCUGGGCCACUGGGAAUCAGCUCAGCCAGGCCGUGAUCCGACAGUACUACCACCCCCCUGACCUGGACGCGCUGUUCGGGGCCAUCCCCAGCCCCAAGCUGGAGGACAUCUUCUACAAGAACAAACCCCGCUACUUCAAGCGCACGAGCUCGGCCGUGUGGCACUCCCCGCCCACCGUGGCAGCCAAGCCAGCCCUGGGGCUGCCCUGCGGCCUCAAGAAGCCCUGAGGCCUGGCAGGCCCUGCCAUUCAUCACUUGUACGUCUGUGCUGCCCUCGAGGCCUGUGGCAGCCAGGGACCACUGCACCAGGGCGCAGUCCGGCCUGCUCCACUGCUCUUCUCAGGAAGGUGUUCCCAGGUGUGCUCUUCAUCUCCUGCAAUCCCAAAAGGAUUUGUCGCUCUGUUCCCCACCUGUGUGGUGGUGUCCAUCACCUGGGCACGACAUGGCUGAUGUUGGCACAGCUGGGGCAGAACACCAUGAGGAUCUCAGUGACGUUCUGCCAGCUGUGGAGAGAAGUGACCAAGGUGUGACUAUGUCCCUAAGGACCCACAAGUAUGUGAGCCAGCUCUAGGCCUUGAAAGGAGAAACUCUGCAAGGGUUUUGGCAGAUUUUUUUUUUUGUUUCUCAGUGAAAUUCCAUCUGUGAGGCCAGAUGGGAUUUCAGAGAAUGUUUUAAACCUUAAUCCCUCUUGUUCACCCUCAGCUGUGGCUCAGCAUCAGCUCGUUCUCUCAGCCUGUUUAGCACUUCCUGUUCGGUGAGCCACUGCUAACCAGACUCUGGCCAACCCAAUUUCAUUGAACCAAAAAUUCCAGCUCAGCCAUCCCAUUGCAGGAGUCCGUGGUGGUUUAGUCAUUCCUUCUGCACCCAGCCCAGCCCUAUAAAACCCAUGUAGAUACUGUGCUUUGUGUGAGGGGACAUGAUCCUGUCUGUGUGUCUGUAGCCAACUCACUGCCAACAAAUGCUCUUCAAAAGAAACAAAAUAUUAAAUGUUAAAUACGAAAGCUUUUGUAUUUAAAUACACUGGUGUCUGUAUGCUGGGGCUGCUCUGUAUGUGCAGAUCUGUAUCUGUGGAGAGUCUGUGCUGCUGGGGUUGCUCUGUAGAUGCAGGCAUGGCUAUUGCUGUCUGUAGCCAUGGAGUACCUGUGUGUCCAUUGCCUGUCCUGUGCAUCCAGGUCUGUAUUCAUGUGACUGCGAUUUCUUGUACAAAAGUUUCUGAGUUGGCCAAACACUGUUGGAUAAAGUGAAUUUAGUAA